GAUUGAAGCAAUAACGAAUUACGAGUAUAUAUGUACCUAUAUGAGCAUUGGUGCACUUCUAGUAGCAGUGGUGUAUGCAAAGGUAUUUUGUAAAGAAUGAAUAAAUAAAACAGAAAUAUUUUUUAUGAAUUAACGUUUGGUAAAUUAUGGAAUGUAGCAUAGUAUCUUGAGCAGACGAAUUCAUACUGUACUACUUUGGAAAUGUAUAUUGAGCCAUACGCUACCUUAUCGAUCAACACCGAAAUUGCUUUUUGCCUAUUGGUUCUGCGAACGAUCUUGAGAAUUACAGCAAGGGCACCGCGUUCUCUGAAGGGCAUUCGAACUCUACAACCAAGUAAACAGUUUGUUCACUUUACGCAACUUCUACGUAAUUUAAUUGCAAGCAAGAAUUGGAAGUGUUUGGAAGGCAUAGAUAGAAGGACUUUGAAGAUGACACAUCCAAUUCCAGAACCGUUUAAAUGGGAUAAUACCUUCAAAGUGUUUUAUGAUCAUUUGGACGGUGAACACCAGAACUUAUUUGCAAGUAUCUUUGACCUUGCUGAAAACAAAAACAGUCAGGAUGCAUUGAAUAAACUUAUCGGAGUUGCCAAAGAUCACUUUGAUAGCGAAGAGGUCAUGAUGAAGCAGAAGGACUUCCACGACCAUGACAAUCACAAAGAGGCGCAUGAUGGUUUUUUGGACAAGGUCAAAGGAUGGAAACUGCCCGUGAACGACGACCAAGUGAAAUACGCAAAGAACUGGUUGGUGCACCACAUCAAAGUUACAGACUUCAAAUAUAAAGACCAGCUACAUUAAAAAGUGGAUUAGUCUAGACGCACAAAACGUUACGUGAUGUAGUACGUUAAGAAGUGAACUAUAUUUAACGUUAUGUUAUAUAGUAAAGUGUGGACGUUUCUCUUGCUUAAUUAAACGUCUAAAUUCGUCUGUCUUAAUGUGUAAGCUAUUUUUGGACAUUGAUAUUAUCUGUUGCUCCAUGCGCACAACUGGAAAGUAAAACGUUGUUAUAUUCAUUAGGACGUCAUACUAGUACAUUUAGUGUCAAUUUCUAUUAAGCACUUUCAAGAGGGGUGCCGAUUCUGCACGCCGUCUUUUGGAGCCCCGAAUGAAAACGAAAUCGAUCACAGCUAAUGAGACUAGUUAUUUUUUAUAUAGAUGCGACUGUACAACGGUGCUGACCCAUUUCAAGAGUCACAGGUGCCAUCUAUAAGUGACAAUCGU